ACUCGCCAGUCCCAGUUCGGCUUCAGCGACGGCAUUAGCUUCGCCUUCUUCAUCUUCUCCGCCGUUCCUAAAACCCUAGAAUCGACGGAGGUUUCCGUCUCACCGCCAUUUUCGGGUCCACCGUCAUCUGUCGCCGGCGCGGAGACAUGCCUCGCAACGACGGCGUCCGCGUCACCUCGUCGUCCAUCAAAAUCCGCCGCCUGUCGCCGCCUCCGUCGCUGUCGGAUCUCCCUUGUACCUCCCAUGACCCGACGUCACCACUCGCUAGAGCAGCUCACCUGCUCUCUCGAUUCAUCGGGUCCUUCGAACACCGCGAGCGGGAGCAUCGGCUCGGCCCGAUGCCGCCGCUCCUGAGCUCGCUGUCGCUGUCGCUGGCUCGGCCGAGGAGAUCGCCUCCGCUGUGUUCCGCUUCCCUGUCGCUGAGCCAGCCGGACGGUGCGGCCCAGCCCGAUCCGGGAUACAAGGACGGCUCGGCGGUUCCGCCGGUCGAGUCGGCUCAGUCGGAGUUCGAAGCUCGGAAGGGGCAGUCGGUGAGUCGGCACGACGAGGAGAGGAUGUUGAUAAGCGAGGUUUUGGUGAGGAACAAGGAUGGCGAGGAGCUCGAGAGGAAGGACCUGGAAAUGGAGGCGUUGCAGGCGCUCAAAGCUUGCAGGCCCAACUCGGCCCUCACCGUGCGCGAAGUUCAGGAGGAUGUCCACAGGAUCAUAGAUAGCGGAUACUUUUGCUCUUGCAUGCCGGUGGCCGUUGACACUCGGGACGGUAUCAGAUUGGUGUUUCAGGUAGAACAAAACCAGGAGUUCCACGGGUUGGUAUGUGAGGGGGCUAACGUUCUCCCAUCAAAAUUUUUAGAGGAUGCUUUCCGGGAUGGAUAUGGAAAAGUGGUUAACAUCAGGAGAUUGGAUGAAGUGAUAAAUUCCAUCAAUGGUUGGUACAUGGAGCGUGGUCUCUUUGGCUUGGUAUCUGAUGUGGAGAUUCUUUCUGGAGGAAAUUUAAAGAUGCAUAUUUCAGAAGCUGAGGUUAACAAUAUCUCAGUACGUUUCCUCGACAGGAAGACCGGCGAGCCAACUACAGGGAAGACAAAGCCAGAAACAAUACUUAGACAACUCACAACCAAGAAGGGACAGGUUUACAGCAUGCUCCAAGGGAAGAGAGAUGUAGAGACUGUUUUAACUAUGGGAAUCAUGGAAGAUGUUAGCAUUAUUCCACAGCCUGUGGGAGAUACCGGUAAGGUUGAUCUUGUGAUGAAUGUUGUUGAGCGUAAAAGUGGAGGCUUUUCAGCGGGUGGUGGCAUAUCAAGUGGGAUUACAAGUGGACCCUUGUCAGGGUUAAUUGGAAGUUUUGCAUAUUCUCAUAGGAAUGUUUUUGGGAGAAACCAGAAACUCAACAUAUCCUUAGAGAGGGGACAAAUUGAUUCAAUAUUCCGUAUAAACUACACGGAUCCAUGGAUUGAAGGAGAUGACAAACGGACAUCUAGAACAAUCAUGGUUCAGAAUUCAAGGACUCCAGGUUCACAUGUCCACGACCAACCUAACAGCGGUAGCCUAACAAUUGGACGGGUCACAGCUGGUGUUGAAUUCAGUCGUCCAAUUAGGCCGAAGUGGAGCGGUACAGCAGGACUAAUUUUCCUGCAUGCGGGUGCUCGUGAUGACAAAGGAAACCCUGUUAUUAAGGAUUUCUUCAGUAGCCCUCUUACUGCAAGUGGGAAUACUCAUGAUGAUAGUCUACUGGCCAAACUUGAGAUGGUCUACACUGGUUCUGGUGAUCGUGGGUCUUCAAUGUUUGCAUUCAACAUGGAACAAGGAAUUCCUGUUUUGCCAGAGUGGCUGUUCUUUAACAGAGUGAAUGCCCGUGCUCGUAAAGGCAUCGAAAUUGGUCCUGCCCAUUUUGUUGUAAGUUUGUCUGGUGGGCAUGUGGUUGGUAAUUUUUCUCCUCAUGAAGCGUUUGCCAUUGGUGGAACAAAUAGUGUCAGAGGCUAUGAAGAAGGUGCUGUUGGCUCUGGCCGAUCUUAUGUUGUUGGCUCUGGAGAAGUUUCAUUCCAUAUGUUGGGGCCCGUUGAUGGAGCUCUCUUUGCAGACUAUGGGAGUGAUCUAGGAUCAGGCCCAACUGUCCCUGGUGAUCCGGCCGGUGCAAGGUUGAAGCCCGGAAGUGGUUAUGGAUACGGGUUUGGCAUCCGUGUGGAUUCACCUCUGGGGCCACUGCGUCUUGAGUACGCAUUUAAUGAUAGGAAGGCUGGCAGGUUUCAUUUUGGGGUUGGUCAUCGAAACUAAGUCUUUAUCCCCUCUCUCUCUUGCGUUCUCUCUGCGAUGCCCGACUUGGAUGUUUGAAGCCUGUGUUCAAUUCAAGUUCGCCUACAUCCUUAUCCUGUUUGGAGGAGGAGAGAAGGAAGAUGUGGGCCUAAUAGAGUUUUGGUCAUCAACGAACAUUUUCGUCUCUUUGUAAAUGCCGUUGAUUUUCAUUAUUUUCGGGAUGAAGCUAAUCGACCUGUUCGCCUUGAUUGAAUCAAAA